AUGAACACUGCUACCUCCAAAACUCUGACGGAUUGGUGCUUCACCCAACUAGGAGGGGGUGACGGUACAAAGGAUGGGGAAUGGCUCAAGGUUUCCUCGUUCCCGACCACAGUUCAUGUCGAACUAUUGAAAUUGAAGAAGAUUCCUGAUCCAUUCGUUGGCCUCCACGAGUGGGAUGUUCAAUGGGUUGGAGAGGCGGAAUGGGCGUUCAAAACGACGAUCAGCGUGACGAAGGAGGAACUUGCGGGCCCGAACGUUGACCUUGUUUUCGAUGGCCUCGACACCUUCGCCACUGUCAGGCUGAAUGGCAAGAUUAUCCUCCAGACGGACAAUCAAUUCAUCGCACACCGGGUGCCUGUGAAAUCGGACCUUCACGUAGGCGACAAUGAACUCUUGUUGUAUUUCGCAAGCGCGUUCUUAAAAGGAAGAGACAUUGAGAACGCCCAUGAAAAAUAUGUUCUCUGGAAUGGGGAUUCCAGCCGCCUUCACGUUCGGAAGGCACAAUACAACUAUGGUUGGGAUUGGGGCCCUAUCUUGAUGACCAUUGGCCCAUGGAAGCCCAUUAAACUGGAGACAUACAAAACUCGUAUCACGGACCUCGACAUAAGGAGCCUGGUCUCCGAGACUCUUGAUGUGAAUUUAACAGCAAACAUCGCGUUCUCCGACGAAUACCCCGGCUUUGCUUCCUUCACCCUCAAAAAGCCUGACGGAUCAGUAGAAAUAGCCUCCGAGAAGAUACCCAUCAGCUCCGGCACGGCCAAAGCCCCCUUCCAGUGGAAGGCUGGCGAGCUUCAACUCUGGUACCCUGUUGGUUACGGCGCUCAGCCGCUGUAUACCGUCGAGGUGGUCCUCUUUGAUCCAAAUGGAACAGUGCUUGACAGAAAGACUCACAAGACCGCCUUCCGUCGUGCCGUGAUCGUACAAGAUAAACUCCUUGGUCAAGAUGGUUUGACCUUCCUGUUCGAGAUCAAUAAUGUCAGAAUAUUUUGCGGAGGUUCCAACUGGAUCCCUGCUGAUUCUUUCUUGACCACUAUGACAGCUGAGCGGUACAGAGCAUGGCUACAGCUCAUAGUCGACGGUAACCAAAAUAUGGUUCGUGUGUGGGGGGGCGGAAUCUACGAACAUGAUGACUUCUACAAUAUUUGCGAUGAACUUGGCUUGCUGGUUUGGCAAGAUUUCAUGUUUGGAUGCGGCCAGUACCCCGCAUACGACUCCUUCGUGGAAUCAGUGCGCGAAGAAGCCAUCCAAAACGUAAAACGGCUCCGGCACCAUCCCUCUGUCGUUAUUUUCGCUGGAAACAAUGAAGAUUAUCAAGUAGCGGAGUCCUUCAACCUGGAGCUCGACUACUCCGACGAGACGUCCGACUUCCGAAACACCAACUUCCCGGCUCGCUACAUUUAUGAACGUGUGCUUCCUGCAGUCGUAAAUGAGCACUCCGAUGUCUACUACCACCGAGGCUCUCCAUACAGCGGCUUUGGGAAGCGUACCACCGACAGGACGUAUGGCGACAUCCAUCAAUGGAAUGUCUGGCAUGGGUCGCAAGAACCAUGGCACAACUGGGAUAUACUCUCCGGACGUUUUGUCUCCGAGUUCGGGAUGCAAGGAUACCCCAACAUCCGCACUGUUGAUUACUGGCUGGGAGGAAAUAAGGCUGAAAGAUCCCCCCAAUCAAGGUCGAAUACUAAUCACAACAAGGCCGAUGGUUUCGAACGUCGUAUAGAGUUGUACUUGGUGGAGAACUUCAAGCACUCCUUCGAAAUCGAGAGCUAUGUGUACUACACCCAGGUUAUGCAAGCUGAGACGUUAGCAUCUGCCUAUCGCCUCUGGAGACGUAACUGGGGUGGAAGAGGGAAAGAAUACACCGCGGGUGCCCUCGUCUGGCAGAUCAAUGACUGUUGGCCAGUUACUUCCUGGGCCAUUGUCGACUACUUCUUACGUCCUAAGCCCGCCUUCUUUACCAUCGCACGCGAGCUUCGUCCUUUCACGGUUGGGAUGACUCGCAAGGAGAAGAAGACGUUCGCAGACGACCGCUCUGCAGCCAAUUUUACGAUCACGACUGUCUUGGAAAUCUGGGGUACGAACAGCACCCUCUCGGACAAGACGGUCACCCUGGAAGUGACGUCGUUCGAUCUCGAUUCGGACUGGAUUGAUAAAUGGGAGAAAGAGGUUACACUAGCGGCCAAUGCUAGCACCGAGCUGCAUAGUGGGAAGCUCGCUGGGCAGCCGGACAGGACUAAGUUGAGCGAGGUGCCAAAGACGAUCGUCGUUUCUGCUAGGUUGCUCGAUAACGAAAGUGUACUGGCACGCUACUCCAACUGGCCUGAACCGUUCAAAUUCAUUCAUUACCCUCCCAUCGAGAAUCUCGGUCUUAAGGUUGAGGUCGGCGCCGAUGGUGAAAGCGUCACUCUUUCUACCAAGAAGCCCAUCAAGGGCAUCGUGCUCGACGUCGAGGGAGAUGAAGUCAAGUGGAGCGACCAGGCAAUUGAUCUUGUACCUGGAGAUGCUCAAACCGUGCAGGCUGUCGGCCUCAAGGGCAGAGACGUCAAAGUGCGCUUCCUAGGUGAUGGCACUGCUUAG